CAUAAAUUCUAUAGUUCCGGACGAACAACCUUUCCGAUAGGUUAGAAUUUUGAGAAAAAUUUUAUCAAUUUAAUAUAAUAGUUCUAAAUCGUCAUGUAUCGCCUUUCAACGAUCAUCUUUCUACUUUCCGUAUCUAUCGCAUGUAUAGAUUUCGCGUCAGCCAAUUGCGGACCUAACUCUUUUUAUUCCGAUUGUGGUAGCAUAUGUCCUAUCACAUGUGAGAACUAUAAUGAUCCACCUAAAAUCUGUGCUGACGUAUGUAUAAGAAAAUGUGUAUGCGAACAAGGAUAUAUAUUGAACAAAGAAGGAAAAUGCGUUUUACCAUGUGAAUGUUAAAAAGAUUAUUAAGAACUUCAGCGAACGUUUAUUUAGGGAUAUUACAUUCCAUAUGGAUUUAAAGAUAUGGAAUAUCGUGUGCUUUAUCGCACAUGCACACACACACAUAUGCACAUAUGUACACAUGCACACACGUGCGCACAUAGAAAAUAAUAAAAUAUGAUU